GAGAGACUCGUGGGCAAUUUGAAGGCAAAGGCAAUGGCUAAGAAAUCAGUUUUAUUCAUAUUCUCCAUUCACAAUUAGUUACAACUGUCAGUUAGUUUAACGUAGCUAAUUUUAAUAAGAGUCCUACCUUGUCAUAAGAUAACUGCAGACAAGCAAAGACACAAUGAUAGGGCCAGCUUAAACAUGCACAAUUCAAAGGAGAACUGAUCAAUUUUUUUAAUUGUGUAAAUCAAACAUGGCAAAAUCAGCUAUUUAUCCCUUUUUCACUGCGACAAGUUUAUCAUUCCUAUUUCUAUAUUUUUUAUUUACUAUAACGGAGGGACUACCUUUUUCCAAUGACGGAAUUAGUGCAGACGCGUCGUCAGGUCUAGAUCAUAGUAUUCCUACUGGAGAUAACUAUUGGAUAUUUUUAUCUCUCUUAUCUAUCUGCUCCGUCAUUACGCUUAUCUCCAUCUUAUUCACAUGUGGAGCUGGGAGGGGAUGUUGUGGAGUUGUGUUGCCCAAGAUCUACUGGUUUGGAAGGUCUGGACAACGACAACAAGCCCCAACUAGUUUUGACAAUCCUGUCGUUGCGGAAUUGGGCUUGAACCAUGGAAGCUCGAUUCCACUAUCGCAAAUUGAUGUACGGACCCUAGAAUUGGAUCCCGUAGUGUUUGAACCUCUUCCGACCAUUCAGGAUUUGUCGCCGCUAUCCUUAAAUCAAAUGAAUACUUCCGAGGACAAGAGACAUACGAAGGGAAGAUAUUUGCCAAUGUCGGGUGAAGGUCACUUUCAUAGUCCGGCUGUAAUCGUUCCAUUUGCAAAUGAAGAUUCAGAAUUAUAUGCCCACGAUUGGUUUGAUGAGCCAUAUCGAAACUUUCAACGAAAUAACUUGGAAUUUAUUAGGGAAAUUGGCACAGGGUGGUUUGGAGAGGUUUUAGAAGCUGAAGCCAAAGAUAUUGUACCAUUCGCCAAAAAAAUUCGCGUUUACGUGAAACGCCUGAAGCAAGAAGCAAGUCAGUUGGAUCAAAUGCGCUUUUUGGAUGAGAGUAGGAUUUAUAGAGAUGCUAAUCAAGGCAAUAUUUUAAAAUUGUUGGGUCAUUCCAUCGAAAAACUACCGUUCCUCUUGAUUAUGGAACAUUGCCCUCAAGGAGACUUAAAAUCAUACUUAAUCUCCAAUGUGACACGUGCAGAAACACUAAGUACGCAAGGAGUCAUUUUGAACAUGGCUUUGGACAUUGCAAAAGGUUUGGAAUGGAUGGGAAAUUUUGGAUUUAAGCAUUCAGACCUCGCCGCACGCAAUUGUCAAGUUGCCAGUGAAGGAAGAAUCGUUAUCGGUGAUUACGGUCUAGCCACCCAAAUUUUCAGAGAUGACUACUACUGGAACUCAAAUGUACCAAUUCCACUACGCUGGGCAGCCCCAGAAACAAUUCACUGUACGCCCUCAACCAUCCAAACUCUAAAAGUAACAGCAUCUUCAAACAUUUGGACUUAUGCCGUCGUCCUAUGGGAAGUCACAGAGUUUGGCAAGCUCCCGUUUUUUGAACUCAGCGACGAAGAAGUUAUAUCACGAGUUUUGUUUGAGAAAAACUAUUUCCUGCGAGGACCAACUCUUCCUUACAUUCCAUUUAGAGACGAGUUGUACCAACUAAUGACGACUUGUUGGUCGAUUGAUCCUACUCAAAGACCAGCAAUCUCAACUAUCGUUGCUAAACUGCAAACUCUAUUGAAUAAUCUUCAGAGUGAUCGAAAAAAUGACGAAUUUGAAUAUAAAUGGGAACGACUCGGUGCUAGGAUGUCGUCAUCCAGCAGUGCAGAAUUUGAUGGUCGAGCUCGCGGAGCCAAGAAGAGUGUGAGCUUUACUGGGAUACAAGGUCUUGCAGAUCAGCUUGAUCAAGACCAAACUCUGAAUUCUACCAAGCAAGGGGAAACAUCAACUGAACAACUAUUAAGCAAAACUGAGCAGGAUAAUAUUGAAGAUGAUGAUAAAUGGCUCAAAGAAAUGGAAGAGGAUGAUGACGAUUGUGGGAUAGCACAAAAGGUAAUGCAGAAAACUACCAGUGUUCAAGAUUUUAUGGUAUUAACGCAUGUGGAGCCCAGUGACCUUCACGGACCUGAAAGCUUGACCGACUUAACCCCCCGUCAGGACAACGACAAUCCUACUACCAGUACUCCAGAGGAAUUUUCUCCUCCAUGGCCUAAUACCAAGACUAAUGAAAAUGACAGUGGUACACCUUCUUCAGCUGAUGCUUUAUGGUCCCCCUCCUCGUCUCGGAGUACAGAGUAUCAAGCGUCGGAUGGAUCCAGAGUCCCAAUGCAAGAUUCCACGUCAUCUAGUCAAUCUGAGACCAGUAAUUUAAAUAAGAGCCAUUCAUCAGAAAAGAAUGUUAAUUCAAGGAGCCGUAAUCAAAAUGCAGUAAUUAGCAACUCUGAUACCUUUCCCCAACAAUCAACUCUUGGAAAUACACCUAAUUUAACGAAUAUUGAUAUAAGUGUCACGGUAGCAAGUCCAAGACCAGAAUCCGAUUGCGAUGAAUCGUCCAUGAUCUCAAACCCUACAGAAACCACUGCACUGCAAAGAACCUCUUCCAGCACUCCUCCCAAUAAACGUCGUGUUUUCUUCAAAUUUGAUGAUGGAGAAACUUCCCUUCCACAAAAUACUGAAAACUUACAACGCCCAAGGCGUCAUACGAGCACUCCGAAAAGAUCGGGGUCCUCCUCUCCUAUGCCGCCAAUGAAUCAUUCCAAUGGACACAUUGAGGACGCUGUGUUCGAAAAUGAAACAAGUACCAAUGCAAAUAUUACCCUUAAUGAAACAUGCAACUUGAGCCCGAUCAGCAUAAAACGAGAAAGAAGUGCAAUGCAAUCUGGAGAACUGGUUACGACUAUAGUAGGACUAGGCGGUUACGACGAUUUAGGAUUAAGAAUAUUCCAAGGAGUAACAACUUCUCAGUUGGACAAUGGAAAUGCGUAUUACAAUUCCGAAGAUUUUGUGUCAAUACCACCAGAAAAACAUAGCAAAGUAGUUAGUAGUAAUGGAAAACAGUAUUUUAAAGAUAAUCAAUUUAGCGACGGCAUUGUCGCUGAGAAUGUUACGAGUGAACAACGACAACCACCGCCUUUGACCGCUAAACCUGCAAGCAGUGGCAGUAGCAAUCACUCGUCAAAAUUGAAUUCCAAAGGAUUUGACUCUAAAUUCAUGGCUACUAAUGGAGAAGGUGGUGAUUCAUGGGAUAAUAUUAGCAGCUCAAACGGCUAUGUUCGUUCAUCAAAUGUGGGAUCGUCGUGGGACGUAGUGUCUACGCAGGAUUUGGACAGUUCGCCCGAAUUAAAGUCAAUUUCUAAAAGUCAGACAGUCCCACUAAAAUUAGAAAUCCUCCCACUCAAACCUGUCAAUCCAUCUGACCCUGAUGUGGAUAUGGAUGAAUUUUGGAGUCGUCAGAUUCAAUCUUUAACAACGGCAGCUUCAGACACAAAGUCAUUAUUGGCAGCAGCUGGAAUGACAUUAGUGAUCUCGCCAACUGUCGACUCGGCGGAUAAAUUUGUGGAAGAUAUUAAUUCUGCGAAUCAGGAACUAGGCAGCUUAGUCAUGGAAGAUUUAGAAGAUGACCGUGGAAGAAUAGAGCUGGUUCCAGAGUCACACCCCAUGGACCUUGAAAAUGAUGUGGAUGUAAAGUUAAAGUUUGCAUUUGUUGAAGAAGAUUGCAAGAAUCAACCAACAAUAACUACGUCAUUGCAUCCAUCCAACCGCACUUCUGUCGAACCCUGGAUUCCUAUCGCAGACACUGAAGCAAUCAAAGAGACAGAAUCUCACCCUAGGGAAGAAGAUAGAGGAAAUUGUCUCCCAGACGAUGAUGCAGGUUCGGGUCCCUCUUCUUUAUCAUCAUGCAAAGAAUUUGUGCCUUCCACCUGGAAUCAAAGCUUAGCUCCUGUACGACCUGCUAUAAAAUCACCUUCAACUAUUAGCGAGGUGUCGCACCAAGAUCAAAAGUCUAGUCUCAAGAAAUCCGUUUCCUUUGAGAGGAAAAAACGGCAAGUUGUGUACGAGUAUCCUCCACCACCGCUACUAAGCGAUGCUGACGAGGAUCUGUACGGAAUUAGGAACGCCAAUAAAGUUCCUACAAUUCCUUUACAUUCAUCGUUAGACUGGGAUCUUACUCAGGAAGAGUUAGAGUUUGCCCCCGUAAAUCCAAAUGAUUCAGAUGAGGACGUGGUCACUGUUCAUAAAGCAGAUCCAAUAGAAAUGUAUCGAAUAUCUGGAUUUGACCUCGAAGAUGAAGAAGAAGAAGAAGAAGAAGACCGCGAAGAUUCCUUCAAAGUACGAGCAUCUACAGAACCAUUCAAUUUUCAAUCUUCCCAACCCAUGUCUACUCUCGGACAGCUACGGCAUACAAGAAAUAAUUUAAAGUUGGACUUGUCGAAAGGAGAAGCAUCACUAUUGGAUGAUUUCUCGGGAAAUAAUGAGAGGAAUUCCAAAAACGCCCAAGUUUUAGAUAGUGGCGUUGGAUCAAGCACAUCUCCUUUUGCCCUUUCAAAAUAUGGUAGUGAUCCUGUCAUUGAUAAUGAUACAAAUGACAAUCAGAAUUUUUCAGCAGGUCGAUCUCCACACUAAUCAUAGUGUUAGAGUUUUUAAAUUUCGAAUUCCAUCGAGUAAUUACUUUCUGAUAAGUACCAUAUCAUUCUAAAACCCGCAUAUUAAAUCAUCGAAUCUAGGAUAAUAAUAAUAAUAAUAACAAAUAAUGGACCCAGAAGUAAUCGAUUUCAAUUAAAAUCCGUGAUAAAAAUUUCUCCAACCAAAGUAGUGCUGACGCACAUCGUAGUGAUAUUGUUUCAAGUGUCGUUCUUUAAUAAUUUGGAGCAAAUAUUCAAUAGUACUCAACUGAAAUGUUCUAGUCUGACACCCGUCAAUAAUACAUUAAUUAGUAGAGAUUCAUAUGAAACCGAAAAGGAAAAGUGGAUUUAAGGGGGUACAUCGAUUUAUGUGUCUAUAUUUUUAGUUACUAGAUAUUUAUGUAAUUCGAUAAAGUAUGUAGAUCCAGUUUGGGAAUCUUUUUUGUGAUGAUAUCUGAUGUUGGCAUUUAUUUUUUCGUUUUCAAGAAUUAUAUUUUAUAUGAAAAAUGUUCAGGGUUCACAGUAUUAUGAAUAUGUAUUUAUUAAAUAGGAGUAUGAAUGGUAACCUCGUCUGUCCUUGUCUCACUAAUUCAAGUUUUGCAAUAAUAAAAUAGUAAUUUAAAUCCUUACAAAAA